GUCGCUCGUAAUAUUUUAGCGUGUGUCUUUUAUUCUUCCCUUCCUCCAACCAACUCUACUCUACUACUGUGUGCGUCCAUAAACCCCAAGUGAAGGGUUUGACUCUCCCUCUUGAUGGUAUUGUGUCACAUCUGGUCUAGAGCCGAUUCGGUGGUACCCCGUGCUCCUGAUGAUCCAAACAAACAUUUUUCGCAUAUUUUCUUGACGCAGGGAGUGAGUGUCGAUCCCCUUUUAUACUUAGAUCUUCGAUAUGAUACAUUUCUUCUUUUGUUAAUUAUUGUGUUUUUUCUUCUUCGUAUAGAUGGUGUCUUUUCUCAUUCCGUUUACCCUUCAGAGCAUCAUCUCGUCCAGCAGCACAUGAAGUGAGGCUGUGGCUAACAACAGCACCCGAGUGGAACACUGUGCUUAGAAGAUCAUCAGACUAACCGGGCAAUUCAUGAGGCUACCUGGUCACUUGUUGCUACAUCCAAUAGCAUUAAUCCCU